AUGAACAAGGUAAGGAAACAGUCAGUUAAGGAUAUGAAGAAGCAGAAGGUUGUUGAGGACAAGCAACCUUUGGAAUUGAACUUGGAAAAGGAAGUUGCAGUUAAGGAAGCAAAUAAGAAGAAGACUGUCCAGGCCAAGCAACCUUUGGAAUUGAACGAGGAAAAAGAAGUGCCAAUUAAGGAAGCAAAGAAGCAGAAGAAUGUUGAGGCCAAGCAGACUGCUAAAGCUUUGGAUCUAAAGAACGCAAGCAAAUUGUCAGAUAGUGAAUCCAAAAAGAGGAAGAUUGUUCAGGCCAAGAAGCAAAUAAGAAAGAAGAAGACUGUCCAGGCCAAGCAACCUUUGGAAUUGAACAAGGAAAAAAAAGUGCUAGUUAAGGAAGCAAAGAAGCAGAAGAAUGUUGAGGCCAAGCAGACUGCUAAAGCUUUGGAUCUGAAGAACGCAAGCAAAGUGUCAGAUAGUGAAUCCAAAAAGAGGAAGAUUGUUGAGUGCCAGCAAACUGUUGUUGAUUUAGAGUUGGAUGUUGAUGAGCAAGUUAAAUCUAAGAGAAAGCAAGCUGCAAAUAAAGAGACAACUAAUGUUACAAGUAGAGAGAAUUCAAUGGAUCUCAAAGAGAGUGUUGCAGGAUCUAGUAAGGUUUGCUUUGAUCAGAUUGUAUAUGUUGCUGUCAAUGAUUGUCACAUGUUUUCAGGACCUAAUGAAAACCUUUUGAGGAGACCCCGUGGAAAGUCAUCAAGGGUAGCGCUUCCGGACAUAAUUGAUCGUUUGAAGAAGGAUUUUGUACCACAGGGUGAUGUAUUAGCAACCCAAUUGGGCACUAAUGAAUUUUUGCAAUCAACUUGUGAUCCAGAUUUGGAAGUUACUAGCAAAGUCAAUGGAGAAGCGCCAAAAUUGAUUAGUUCUGCAUUAGGAAAUUUGUGCAUUUAUGACACCGAUUCUGCAUGUAGUGGUGAUUUCAAGAAUGCUGAAUCUCUUCAUACAGGAGAUGUUUCGAACAGUGUGCCUAUUGAUGUCCACAAAUCUGCUGAUUUGGAGCACAAGGAAGGACCUCAAGCAGUGUUGGAUCCGGAAGCAUCUGGUGCUACUGAAAAUGCUAUUGCUAAGAAGGAUGCACAAAUCAUCCUGGAAGCUCCUUCUGAAUCAAAGAAGAAGGAAGUUUCAAAGGCAAGCAAUGAUCUUGCUGAAGCAAGAUCAGUUGUUAAUCUUGAUGUUAAAGAGCAGCAAGCAUUUGUACUGAAGUCAAAUAAUGUUGCAUCUGAAACUGACGACAAGCAUUUGAAGGAUGAAUUGGAUAGUGUGCUUAAGGAGAAAGAAGGUGUAGUUUCUGUCACUAAGCCAUUCAUUCCAAUCAGAAACAUUCAAGAGGCGACACCUACCAAUGCUCCAGAGACUGCACGUAACAGAUCCAUUCAUGGUACUUUCACUGAUCCUUGUAUUGUUGAUGACAAACUAGCUGAUUCAAUUUUGAAGAACAGCAUGUGCAGGGAGCUGAACUUUGACAAUGCUGAAUCAAGUCACAUGGCCAGAAAUAGGAAAGCAGUGCUUGAUUGUGCACCUUCUGCUCCUUCGUUUGACUUAGGGAUAGAUGAAAUUAAUGACAACAUCAUUCUCCAAAAUGUGGCCCCGGUUGCUUCAUGUCUUAUAGAGGCCAAGGAAACAGAAUUAGUGGAAGCUAGUACUUCUGAUGCCAAGGAAAUAGAAGUAGUUGUUAUAUCAAGUAAUGAACAUGAGGUUGCUGUUCAAGUUCCUGUUGAUGUCAUUUCAGAAUAG